GGGUGUAUAAGUGUUACGUAAUCAUCAGAGGAUGAAAACCUGCAUCUAGUGAGAGAGAGAGAGAGGUCAGAAGUGAGAGUGAGUGAGUGAGAGAGACUGAAAGAGAUUAUCAGGAUCCAGUCCUUCCAGUCUCACAGCCAGUGUGACAGAAGAGCAGUUCUGACUGUGUACAUGAUAGUGUAUACGCCUGCGUGCAUGUCACAACUCUCCGUUCUCUGGAUCUGCUCAUUGUAUCACAGGACUGCGGCAGAACUUUCUGGCCCAUUAAUUUGUUUACAUCUGACACCUGCUCUGACUUUGGACUGAAUCUGGGCUUGACUGGACAAGAUGCUUCUGCAUUUGGGAGGCUGCAGGGGGAAGAUGGGCAUUCUGCUCAUCAGGAGAGUGGGUUUGUUUUGUCGUUCUGCCCACUUGUCUCCCCAAAACCUGGAGUAUCGACCGAUCAAAAAGGUCAUGGUGGCAAACAGAGGUGAAAUAGCCAUCCGGGUGUUUCGGGCAUGCACAGAGCUUGGGAUCCGUACAGUGGCUGUAUAUUCAGAGGAGGACACGGGGCAGAUGCACAGACAGAAGGCAGAUGAGGCUUACCUCAUUGGCAGAGGCCUGUCCCCUGUUGCAGCCUAUCUCCAUAUCCCUGACAUAAUCAAAGUGGCUAAGGAAAAUAAUGUGGAUGCAAUCCACCCUGGUUAUGGCUUUUUAUCAGAGCGCGCAGACUUUGCCCAAGCCUGUGUUGAUGCCGGGGUAAGAUUCAUUGGUCCUUCCCCAGAGGUUGUGUGCAAGAUGGGGGAUAAAGUGGAAGCCCGUGCCCUGGCCAUAAAAGCAGGUGUUCCAGUUGUUCCCGGAACAGACGCACCCAUCUCAUCUCUUCAAGAGGCUCAGGAGUUUGCCAAAACAUAUGGCUUUCCCAUUAUCUUUAAAGCUGCAUAUGGAGGAGGAGGCCGUGGGAUGAGGGUGGUCCGAGAUUAUGAGGAAUUAGAGGAGAACUAUCAGAGAGCCUAUUCAGAGGCUCUGGCGGCAUUUGGUAAUGGUGCUCUGUUUCUUGAGAAGUUCAUCGAGAAACCACGCCACAUUGAAGUACAAAUUCUUGGUGAUAAAUAUGGAAAUGUAAUUCAUCUGUAUGAGAGGGAUUGCUCUAUCCAGAGAAGACAUCAGAAAGUGGUAGAGAUCGCUCCUGCUGCCCAGCUCGACCUUCACCUCAGAGACAGACUGACCUCAGACUCGGUCAACCUGGCAAAACAGGUGGGUUAUGAGAACGCAGGCACUGUGGAGUUCCUGGUGGACAAGCAUGGAAAACACUACUUCAUUGAGGUGAACUCCCGUCUACAGGUGGAACAUACGGUUACAGAGGAAAUCACUGAUGUGGAUUUGGUUCACGCACAGCUGCGUGUGUGUGAGGGCCGUAGUCUUCCUGAGCUGGGUCUCGAGCAGAACAAGAUCCAGAUCAAUGGCUGUGCCAUUCAGUGCCGGGUCACUACAGAAGACCCUUCCCGUGGUUUUCAACCAGACACAGGUCGCAUAGAGGUGUUUCGCAGUGGAGAGGGUAUGGGUAUUCGUCUGGACAGUGCUUCUGCAUUUCAGGGGGCCAUCAUCUCCCCUCACUAUGACUCUCUGCUGGUUAAAGUCAUAGCCAGUGGCAAAGACCUCCCCACCGCCGCAACCAAAAUGCACAGAGCGCUCACUGAGUUCAGAGUUCGUGGUGUUAAGGAGAGAAGAUAUGGAGAGCAUGAAGAUGGCAUCGUGAAAGACUGA